AUGCUGCCGCUCAGCAAGUUGCCUGCCCGAUGUAUGACGUCAGGGCUGCAUGAAAAAAUGCUGCGGUCCUGUGUGUGGUCGGCGGCGUGGCUCCGGCAGGCGGAGGUGGAGGCGGCGCGGGCGCACGACAUCACGCUCUACGCCUUAAUGCAGCGAGCCGGCAAGGCGGCCUUUGACGUCUUCCGCCGCGAGUAUCCCGCGUCGCGGCAUUGGCUGAUUCUCUGCGGGAGUGGAAAUAACGGCGGGGACGGGUACGAGAUUGCCCGCCUUGCCGCGGAUGCCAACCUUCGUGUGACGGUGGUGGCAAUCAAAGGGGCAAAGCCGCUUCCUCCGGAGGCCACCGCCGCGCUCGCCGCGCUCCACCAGCGCGGCGGCGUAGCGAUGCACGACGCGGAACACUGGGACUACACCGCGACGGCGAAGGAUGUUGAUUUGGUGGUGGACGGGUUGCUGGGCACAGGGAUUGGUGGGGCGCCGCGCGCCGAUUACGCGCGCCUAAUCGACUGGGUCAACGCCCUUCCCGUGCCGCGUGUGGCCAUUGACAUUCCGUCAGGCUUGAACGCCGAGACUGGCGUCGUGGAGGGCGCAUGUGUGCGGGCAGAACACACGGUCACGUUUAUCGCGUUAAAGCCAGGCCUCCUCACCGGCCGCGCACGCGACUUCACUGGGACCCUGCACUACAAUUGUCUGCAGGUUGGGGAGUGGAUGCUGGCAAAGGAGCGUCAAGAGCAGCUCUUUUGUCGCCGUCUGUCGAGUUCGCACCUGCAGGAGUUGCUUGCCCAGACGCGAUCCCCGUGCGCACACAAGGGCAUGAACGGCAAGGUGGUUAUUAUUGGUGGCGACUUUGGCUUUGGUGGGGCGAUUGUGAUGGCCGCUGAGGCGGCACUGCGCACCGGGGCCGGACUUGUUCGUGUUCUGUCGAGGCCGCAGCACGCGCUUCCCCUCCUGUCGCGCUGCCCGGAGGUGAUGACGGCGGAGUUGACCCCAGACAACCUCGGCACGGCACUGGACUGGUCGACGUGCGUGGUGGUGGGGCCGGGGCUGGGGCAGGACAAAUGGGGCUCCACGGCUCUCGCGCAGGUCUUGGCGCACUGUCAAGAGCAUCCAGAGAAGCCGUCGGUGUGGGACGCGGACGCGCUGAACCUCAUGGCGGCUGGGGCGCAGACGCAGAAGGGCGGCGCGGAUUUAUUCACCGCGCCCCUCAAGAGCCGCAUCAUCACACCCCACCCCGGAGAGGCAGCGCGGCUGCUGCGGUGCACCACGGCUGAAGUCGAACAUGAUCGAUUUCGGGCGGCACAGCGGUUAGCGGAAACCUACGGGGGUGUGGCGUUGCUGAAGGGGCCCGGCACAGUCCUGUACACCGCCGAGGGUGCGGAGCCCGCAGCUGCUCUGUCGGGCGCCGCGCGCGAGCUGCUUUCCGCGCGUUGUGUUGUGGCGGAUGCGGGGAACUGCGGCAUGGCCACCGGUGGCGCCGGAGACGUAUUGACCGGCGUCAUUGCGGGGUUGCUGGCGCAGCAGUUUCCCCAGUGGCACGCGGCGUGUGUGGGGUGCCUUGUGCACGGCACAGCAGGGGAUCUCGCGGCCGCGGCGCAGGGGGGCGUGCGCGGGCUGCGGGCAACGGCGCUCCUCGAGCACCUCACCACCUGCGUCAACCCGGCGGCGGAGGAGCAGUGGGCGACCCUGUGA